CCUGCCACUGCUACGGCGGCCAUUUCCCUGCUCAAGCCCAGUCGACAUCUCCAAAAUAACCAAUUUUUCCGUGUAAUUAACCCUAACCCUAGCUCUCACCCUGGAGUUAAACCUCGGCCACAGAAGCCCAUCAUUGCCGUCGCCUCGCAGCUCCCCCGGCGGCGAGAAACCUCAUUCGUCCUAGCUGGCCUCUGCUUCGCCUCCUUUCUCGAUGUCUCCUCCCUUACCCUUCCUUCUUCGGCCAUUGCCACUGAAAGACCAUCAGAGCCUGACUGCACGCUCACGGUUUCUCCCUCCGGCCUUGCCUUCUGCGACCGAGUUGUAGGCUCUGGCGGGGGGGCAACUAAGGGUCUUCUCAUAAAAGCGCACUAUGUGGGGAGAUUGGAGAAUGGAAAGGUGUUUGACAGUAGCUAUGAUCGAGGGAAGCCGAUCACCUUUCGAGUUGGUGUUGGUGAGAUUUGGACAUUUCGAUUAAGGUUGCUGCAUAAUCAGCUACUUGGUUCGCUAAAAAAGACU